UCUCUGCCUCUUUGCCCGGCAGUGCCCUGCACUCUCACUGAAGUCUCCACGUAGUGCCGGACGGGAAAUAACCCAAAAACACUUUUUUUUUUAGGGGGGUUUAUAUUAGAAACCUGGCAGCUCCUCGGGCUCGGCGUCACCUCUGACAGCGACGCAGAAAGUCUCUGAUUCCCACUCUUCUCUCCUCGUCGGAGCGCAAACGGAGGAGUUACACCGAAGUCCCCGACGCGCUCCAGAGAUGGUGACUUUACGCACGGGAUCCGAAGGCAGCCCCAACUGACUCCCCGCUUCCUCCAGUCCCGCCGUCGGGUCAACAUCACACGCCGACGAGUCGCCAAAGUUUGCGAGAGUCUGCGCGGCGCAUGUGGAAGAAGUGAGUCCAGGUAAGGCAACGUUCAUGAGUUUGAAAGUCAUCCACAAGUGAGAAGAGGGUGUUGGAGCUCAAGUCUGUUAUCUCUAAUGAUGUCUUCCAUGCGAGCCACGCCUCCUUUUCAGCCGCCGUCUGAGGAGGCGGAUGUAAUGGCUCAGGACAACGCAGCCUGGGCCGGAGACGAGCGAGAAGGCCCGACGGAGAUGGCGUCGCCCUCUUUGCACGAUCCGCCCCACCCGGACGAACUCCAGCCUGUCGGAAAGAAAGCGGCGGACGUGGAGUGGGAAACGGUCCCCCCCGCUGUGACGGACAAUGAAGGCAGCAAAGGCUGCUCCGGCUACGCUUACCGGACUAACGCUUCCUCUCCCACCAAGCCAGAGGAGUGUCCCAGGGAUCGUGGAGAGUCGGUGAUCGGCCUCACCUUUGGGACUCCAGAGCGCCGUAAAGGAAGUCUGGCCGACGUGGUGGACACACUGAAACAGAAGAAGCUCGUGGAGCUGACCAAGUCAGAACAAGACGAACCGUCUUGCAUGGUGAGGCUACUUUCCAAAGACUGGAAGGAGCAUGUUGAAGGCCUUAACGCCAAUGAACUACUGGGGGAGGUAAAAGGUACGCCGGAAUCGCUCGAGGAAAAGGAGCGCCAGCUUUCGACCAUGAUUGGUCAGCUGAUCAGUCUGAGGGAGCAGCUUCUGGCCGCCCACGAUGAGCAAAAAAAGAUGGCAGCGUCACAACUGGAGAAGCAGAGGCAACAGAUGGAGUUGGCCAGGCAGCAGCAGGAGCAGAUUGCCAGACAGCAGCAGCAGCUUUUGCAGCAGCAGCACAAGAUCAACAUUCUCCAGCAACAGAUUCAGGUCCAGGGCCACAUGCCUCCUCUGAUGAUCCCCCUGUUCCCACACGACCAGCGCUCUCUGGCUGCCGCUGCCGCCGCACAACAAGGCUUCCUCUUCCCGCCCGGCAUGUCCUACAAACCCGGCGAGAAUUACCCAAUGCAGUUCAUUCCCUCAACAAUGGCAGCCGCAGCGGCGUCUGGACUCAGCCCGCUACAGCUGCAGCAGCUGUAUGCCGCACAGCUGGCAAGCAUGCAGAUCUCACCAGGAGCCAAGAUGGCUUCCAUCCCACAGGCUCCCAACUCCUCCAGUCCUCUUUCACCCUCCCACCUCAAGAGCGAGAAACAAGUAUCCAGCCCUGUCACUCAGAUUAAGGAAGAAGGAUCCACACAGCCACUGAACCUCUCAGCCAGACCUAAGACAGCCGAGCCUUAUCGCUCUCCAACGUCACCAACGCAGAGCUUGCUCACUGGAAACAAGACCAGCCCGAGCAACAUGGGCAAGGGUCGCAUCCCCAGCCCCAUCCCCAUCCCAAGCAUGGGCAGAAACACCUCCCUGGACAUCCUGUCCAGCCUUAACUCCACAGCGUUAUUUGGGGACCAAGACGCAGUGAUGAAAGCCAUCCAGGAGGCCAGGAGCAUGAGGGAGCAGAUUCAGAGGGAACAGCUCCACCAUCAGCAGCAGCAGCAGCAGCAGCAGCCGGGCCACCAGAGCCUGGAGGCCAAGCUGUCCGCGCUCAGCAGCAUGAACCUCAACAACAGCAGCAAGGAGCGGCUACACUAUGAGACUCUGAGCCAACAUCUGGGGAAGCUUGGGGAAGAGGCGGGGAAGAUGGUCCAUCGAGUCAUUGACCUGACAAGACCAGAGGAUCUGGAUGGUAACACUAUCACAGAGGCGCGGGUAUUCAGAGAGGCACGAGGCAGGAACAGCAGCGAGCCCCACAUCAAGAGGCCAAUGAACGCCUUCAUGGUCUGGGCUAAAGACGAGAGGAGGAAGAUACUGCAGACCUUCCCUGACAUGCACAACUCCAAUAUCAGCAAGAUCCUCGGUUCUCGCUGGAAAGCCAUGACCAAUCAGGAGAAGCAGCCGUACUACGAGGAGCAGGCCCGUCUGAGCAAGAUCCACUUGGAGAAAUAUCCCAACUACAAGUACAAGCCACGGCCCAAGAGGACCUGCAUCAUCGACGGCAAGAAGCUGCGCAUCGGGGAGUACAAGCAGCUGAUGCGCUCGCGGCGUCAGGAGAUGAGGCAGUUUUUUGUGGGACCUCAACCCCAGAUUUCUCUGGGCAACAGCUCAGGAGGUGUAGGAGUUUACCCGGGCGCCAUAACCAUGGCUACAGCAGCCACGCCCUCCCCACAUCUGACCUCGGACUGCUCGAGCACCUCAGCCAGCCCUGAGCCUAACAUCCCAGUCAUCCAGAGCACGUAUGGGGUGAAGUCUGAGCCCGCUGGGGGGAGCAACGGAAUAGGCGUCGUCGGCACCAUGGAUCUUCCCGGCGACCACGCAAACGGAGACGACGACAUGGACAUGUACGAGGACUUUGAGGACGAGCCCAAAUCAGACUAUAGCAGCGAGCACGAGACACGGGAGGCGGUCAGCGCCAACUGACCUCGAUCAAAGUGCGUAAACAUAAAAAGAACAACUCCCUUUACAUCCAGAGACAAACUCUGAUAACAAAGUUUUAUCACAGAGACCUCCAGGCAGACUUUCAGGACAUAUUCCUGCAUUUACUGAGCAUGCCCAGGCAAGAUCUAAAAUCUGCAGACGUGCUCAAAGGGUUACAGAACAGUAUCUUGACAGGUGCUCCAGUUGGAGAGAAGUGGGGCCGAGAGGGGGAAGAAAGUGUCCCACGAACACGACCUCAGUAAUCAUUCAGACUUUGAGCUGACAAGGAGCUGCAGUUUCCUACACCCUGACAAUCGUUAACGGAGCAAGGAGAACGAGCGAGAGCAAGACAAAGAACAAAUGAGCAACAAACGCAUCACAUGCGGUGUGGUUUGUAGAGAGCAUGCAUGGGUUUUUCAAGCAUCGCAAAAAUGCUCUUUGACAGCUAUUUGGUCUUAAAUGUUUCAAGAGUGUGUUAGUUUUACUAUUACGACGUAUUUUACUUUUUGUGAUCCCGUUUUGUUUUCUGUUCCAUCGAUCUCUCUGACAGGUCUCACUGCCUGUACAACUUCUGGACUGUCGGAACUUGAAAUUUGGAAAGUUUUUAAUAUAAAUUCUAAUUUGUGUUAUCUUAUAGUCUUACUUUAAUUUCUGAUAAACACAAUGCUAAGCCCUUUUUUCCUGAUGAACCGCUUAUAUUACAUUACUGUUAGAUUUAGAUUUUUUUUUUUUUUAAGAAAUAUCCCAGCUCAGGUAUGAUGUGCCAGCUUGUGAAUGUUUUUGUUUUGAAUUUUUUUUCCAUAAAAGUAGGACUUUUUAGAUGUUCCAUAGCUAGGACUUUUCAGACUGUCAUUUAAUUAAAAAGAGCAAAAUCCGUCAUUAUUAUUAUUAUUAUUAUUAUUAUUAUUAUUAUUAUUAUUAUUAUUAUUAUUAUUAUUAUUAUUAUUAUUAUUACUAUUAUUAUUAUUAAAGGAAAACCCCAGACAUUGUACAGUUUUCUUCAGAUGUGCCAAACAUUCUUUUUUUUUUUUCUCCCGGGAUGUUGUAGUCUUAAUUUCAAAUGCUGCAAAAAACAAAAAAGUCUUAUACAAUCACCUUUUUUCUAUCUGAUGUGAUGGAUUGUUUUGAGUAGAAUGCUGGUUCCCCUCCUGAUCCAAUCAUAGCCAGAGCUCAGGGAGCACAUGUCUUCUUCACACACGCUCAGUCACACAAACAUGCCGUGUCGGUCCAGUUCUCCAUUUAACUUUGAGACACACAGUAGCUGAGUAGCUCAUUUUAUAUCCAACUGGACGGGUGCUUUCAUAAACCAUAUUGCUCUUAGUUCCUUCACGAUAAGACAGUUUGCUGGAAACUUAGUGUUGUAUCCAUAUUACGGCUGACCCUUUAAACAAGGCUAAUAACAGAUGCACUUUUUUUUUUUUUAGUUUAAUUAGAGUUUCAAGGCAAAGUUUAUAAUUUUUGAACCAAUGUUUUGUUAAGGGGUUAUAAGCUGUUGAUAUCUUACCUGAGAUAAGUGACUCUCCUUUAGUAUAAAUCCAUGUUAGCUGAAGCUGGAAGCAAAAACUAAGGGCGUGGCCAAUAGCAGCUGAUACUAAACAGAAUUAUUAUGUUUUUGUUUAUCAACUUUAAUCUCAAAACAUCUUACAAGUUUAGGCGGAUGCUAUUUUUUUUUUUUAGAUCUGACCUGCUAAUUCUGUGAUGUUUUUUAUAAUGUAAAACAGAAACUUGCUGCAGGUUCAAUGAUAAAGGUAUUAAUUACAGUAUUAUCUCAUUUUAUACAUCAAAUUAUUUGUACCUAACCUUUAUCAUUUUUAUUAUAUGCAAAAAAAAAGUGCAUUAAACAAGUACUGAGAGCAGAACAUGUGAAGUGUUUCUGGUCAAAGUUUCCGUCUGACAUGAUGUUCAUACUCGUAAAAACUAAACAUACUGCAGCUGUUUGAGUGAGCCCUAUUUUAUCAAUUUUAACACCAACUUACCUUUCUAAUGUAGUUAUUCCAGAAACACUUUACUUUUUUCACAAAAUGUUCCAUAAAGAAAGAUUUAUUGUUGCGACAGUGCCUCCUAGUUUCAUAUCCAAUAUAAAUACUCAUUGGCUUCUCUGGAAAUUAGUGUCAAAAGGAAAUGUUAUUACGGUUUAAAUUUUUUUUGCAACCAUAUAAACUCCUUUUAAUGUUGUUUUUUGUGUUGUUUUUAAGUCUGAUUUGGUCAUAGCCCCUCUUAGACGAGGCAUUAGCUUCAGCCAGGAUAGUUGUUUACUGCAGGUAAGAUAUUAAGGUUUUUGCAACUUUUCAAUAAAGCUUCAUUUCAAAAGUCCUUAACUAUCCCUUUAAGAAUUCCUGAUACCUGAAAGGAUAUUUUAAACUCUUACUCAGAAUCAUACGAAAGGGGAAAAAAGAGCCACAGAGAGAUUCUAAUAAAGGAUGAAGAUUUAUUAUUGUGGAUUUUGUUUUUUUAUUUAGAACUAAAAUGUUGCAGAAAUUACUUUGUCUCUUUGCUUGUUUACCCUAAACGUCUUCUUAGAAUAAGGUGAAAAAUAUUCAAAAUUCAUACAUAAAAAAACAACAAUAUCAAAAGGUUUGUUAUUUUAAAAGAUGAUAUGUUCUAUUUUUGAUUUCAAUUUGGUGAUAAAUGGUCAUAGGGUGAGGAGUGCAUAAUACAAAAUCAGCCAGUCAUUCUUUUUCCACCAUCUGAUGUAAGAUGUUUCAAAGUUCCUCUGAUUCAUAGUUAUGCUGAGGGAAAACGUAUUUGUGCUCACACACACGUCAUCAUCUUCUGUUUUGAAGAACACUUUUGGACAUAGAUUUUACUUUGUCUCAUAUCAGGAAAAUCCCUUCAAGGUAAAAAACAAAAAACAAAAAAAAAUAAAAUUAUUUUCUAAAUUAGUAACUGAGUGGUACCCUGGGCGUUUUUCUAAUAUUUUUUACAGCUUCAUGACAAAAUUUAUCCUCAUUAUUCUUUCUGUCUGUUUUUACUAGUACUGAACAUUUGCUUUAGCUCCUGUUUUAUUUCUUUUGGUUUCAUACACAUAUUAAGCACUGGAUAUUAAAUCUGUUGUAUUUUCCUGUUUUUUAUUUUAUUUUAUUUAGAAUUGACUAAUGUGAAGUUAUUGUUUGAAUUAAAACAUUACAAAUUAGUUGAUAAAGUCUGAUCGUUUGGGGGGAGCCUCGAUGACGCCAGGCACCAGUAAAUGGCCAUUUGUCUUUCGAUUCAUUUUUUUAAUUAAUUUAAGCAAAUUUUGUUUCUGCAGCUCCGGUGGCAUCUGAAUGGGUCACGCCACCUCUGAUCUGUUUAAAAAGAAAAGUAACCUCAUGCUCUUGUUAGUCGUGACCCGCAGAAGCAGAGCACAUGUUUCAUGGUCACACGUAUUUUUUCUUUUCUUGUUUUGUGAUGAGUAUUGUAUUUGAAAUUCAAUUGUGCGUUUUAACAUUUCAUUGUAUUUAUUAGCCUGCUUUGGCUCUAAAAAGUGUCAGUACAACUUGGUGAGAGAGACAAUCUGAAAAAAAUAUAUAUAUGAAUAAAAAAAGACCUGAGAUUUUCACCUUGAUCUGUUCUUCCAUCAUUGCUGUUUUUUUCAUGUUUGUAAAUACAUUUAUAGUAAUAUAAUCAUUUAUUUUAAAAGGGAAGCUAAUAUUAGAGUGCUAUUUGCUGUUCAGUUGUGUGUGUGUGUGUGUGUGUGUGUGUGUGUGUGUGUGUGUGUGUGUGUGUGUGUGUGUGUGUGUGAAAGCAGUUUGCUCAAGGGACAUGUAGUGCUUUAUGAAUUUCUAUUUCCAUUGCUCUAAAUGGAGGUAGUUCUUUUCCAAGGAUCUAAUAAUUUCCAACACAAGGCUUUCUGUUUCCAAAGCCCGGCUAUUCCACUUGGUCUUUAUUUUUUGGUGGCCCAUUACAGUAAAUGUGGCCUAUUGUUCCACUGUGUGUGCGAGUGAGGUAACGCUACACAUUCUGACUGUGCUGUGGUGUAUGAGCCACGGCGCCGGCGCUCGCUGCAGCCAAUCCAGCGACAGAAACUGAGAACUCAGCCAUAUGCAACCACACAAUAAAUCUAAUUGUAAUUCCCAAAUCAACUGUAGCGUCACCCUGCAAAGGGCGCUGACAAGUUUGUCGCACUUCUUUGUAAGGUUUUAUGAAUGUGUGUGUGUGUGUGUGUGUGUGUGUGUGUGUGCAGACUCUGUGUCAUAACUUUGAGCUGGGAGGGGUGUUUGAAAUCAUUCUUGUACUGUUGCCAUACUAAUCUCAUUAAAUAAGUCCUCAUAAUUUA